UAAAUCAUGGAAAAGCUGUUUUUACAUUCCGUAUCCAAACGACUUGUAGGCUCUUGCUUCUAGAGAAGUUACUUCUCCCCGGAUUCCGUGAAAUAAAAUUCUCUUUCUUUGAUAUAAGUUUGUUCUCUCAAUUUCUUCUUUCUCUUUCAAUCUCUUCUUUCUUUUCCUUUUCUACCUCAGCACUGGGGAAAUAAUGAAUCUUCUUCCGAUCAAAAACCCAUUAAAUUACUUCGAAAGUUAAUAUGAUUCAUUGUUUUAAUCAGACAAAUUCUUAAUCACAAAAAUCAUUAAUUUCGUUACUUACGAAACUCUUGUGAAGAUCGAUCCUACAAUUAUCAAGUCCAGCUUAGAUUAAGAAUUGGUACAUCACUGUCUUAGCUCGACUGGUAGAGCACAUGGUGUUUAGCCGUAUAGAUGUGGCUUCGACUCCCGCAAAUGGGGCCCGGAAAUGCAACACUAACCUCAUUAGCUCCCGUAUCUGAAGCAAGUACUGCAGCUUCCUAGCCAAGUGUUGCGGCCUCCUCGACUUCAAAGACUUUAAAAAUCAACCUAGAAUCUCUCUCUGGUUCUGUAGGCAAUAAAGAAAUCGUAAUACCAUGAAAGAUGAUAUCUCAUCAGACAAAGGAAUAAGUUUCCCUGUCGAUCCAAAUCUUCCUAGAUGGCAGUGUCAAAACUGUCGUCACGCACUUUGUAUUGUUGGUGUUGAUUCUUACGUAAAUGAAUCCGCUUCUCGUGCUGGAAUGCAGGGCUCUUCUGUUCAUGGAGGAGCAGGCAGCGUUAUGGCUUCAACUAAAAUGGAUCAUUCCUUUGUUGUUUUAUCGAAGCAAAAAAACUCAUCACAAGGUGGUGUUCCUCCCCGGCCUCGUGGUGGACCAGGUGAUAACCGUGUGAGUGGGAAAGCAAUGGAAGAUUCCUUUGUUGUGUUGCCACCAGCUGCUGCGUCCAUGUAUAAUAGUGAAUCUGGUUCAGAUGGAGGAGCUCAUUUACCAUCAUCUGGAGGAAUUCCUGGUAACCAUUUGCAUCCAAACAAUUCUGGGUUUCACUCGAGUAUAACUGUGUUGAAACGUGCAUUUGAUAUUGCCACCACUCAGACUCAGGUUGAGCAACCUUUAUGUUUGGAAUGUAUGCGGGUAUUGUCUGAUAAACUUGAUAAAGAGGUUGACGAUGUGAACAAGGACAUUAAAGCGUAUGAAGCUUGUCUUCAGCGUCUUGAAGGAGAGACACGUGAUGUUAUGAGCGAGGCUGAUUUUUUUCGCGAAAAGUUAAAGAUUGAGGAAGAAGAACGAAGACUUGAAGCAGCAAUUGAGGAAACCCAGAAACAGUGCAUAGAAGUUGAUGCUGAAUUGAAGGAUUUGGAAGUAAAAUCUAACCGCUUUAAAGACCUAGAGGAACGGUACUGGCACGAGUUCAACAAUUUCCAGUUUCAGUUAACUAGACAUCAGGAAGAAAGAGACUCGAUAUUGGCAAAGAUUGAAGUUUCACAAGCACAUUUAGAAUCUUUGAAGCGAACCAAUGUUCUCAAUGAUGCCUUUCCAAUAUCGCAUGAGGGAGAAUUUGGAACCAUAAACAAUUUUCGACUUGGCCGUCUUCCGAAGAUCCCGGUUGAGUGGGAUGAGCUAAAUGCUGCCUGGGGACAGGCAUGUCUUCUCCUUCACACAAUGGCUCAAUACUUCAGGCCAAAGUUUCCGUAUCGAACCAAAAUUCUUCCUAUGGGAAGCUACCCUCGGAUUAUGGAUAGCAACAACAACACAUACGAGCUAUUUGGUCCUGUGAACUUAUUUUGGAGCACUCGCUAUGACAAGGCAAUGACUCUGUUCUUAACAUGCCUCAAGGAGUUUGCUGAGUUCGCAAAUUCUAAGGAUCAAGAAAACAACAUUCCACCAGAAAAGUGCUUCAAGCUGCCUUACAAGAUUGAGAAUGAUAAAGUGGAAACCCACUCUAUCACACAGAGCUUUAACAAGCAGGAGAACUGGACCAAGGCUCUUAAAUACACACUCUGCAACCUAAAAUGGGCUUUAUUCUGGUUCGUUGGGAACACAAAUUUUCAACCACUUUCUUCAAUGGUAUCUUCUCCCUCUGAAGUUCCAGCAGUUGGCUCUUUGUAUGCGAAAAGGAUGACUGGUAGUACCAAGUCUGAAUCUCGAUAGGAUUCGUGAAUGAAGAUGAAUAUCUUGUAAAUAUAGAUUGUUUAAAAAAAGUAAAUUAUUGCUAUUCGCAAAAGAUGUACAUAAACUCUGGUUCUCGUGGCACAUUAAAAUCUCGCAAGACUUUUUA